GUGUCAUUGAUGAGAGCUGUUGAGGAGGAGCGUGCAUAUUUGUGGGUUAGACUGGCCUACUACACAGGGUGGGAAAGGAAGGGGGAAACGGAAGGUGUUUGGCGUAUCUGACAGUAUUGUUCCAGGUUUACUCUCUUAAUCCACUUCACACUUCAAGAGGUCAGUCUCCUGUGAAGUUUCUGUGAGAGCCUGGCGGGGAUUGUUUAAUGCUGAUAAACUUUGUUAUCAACUGUGUGAGACUGGACAAGGAUUCAGGGUCGGGUGAGGGCAAUGGCGACACUAGGUGGGUACUGCGGGAGCACAGCGGUGAUGGGAGUGUUAGGUUGCUGACAGUUUGUUUCCUGCUUUCCACAGGUGUGUGCACGAGACGCUGUGGCUGGGCUACUGUGGGAGCUGUGACUGAGUCUGGGAGGGCACGGGGGGACCCAAUGCACCCACACGAAGCCCUGAGUGGCCUACACGAGCUCCUCACCUGCUCUUCGGCCUCUGGCUAUCUGAACCACAGCCUGAAAGAGGAGCGGCCGCUUGCUGAUGCUAGCACCGUGGAGCCACCACUACCAUGGGAAAUCCUGGAGGACGCGAAGAGGACGGCAAACGAGCCGGCUCCCGGCUGCCCUAGUGACCAUGCUCACCAGCACUUUGAGAACAGUGUGUUGCAGCUGCGGGAGCCUGAGAGCAGCAGUUCACCAUGCCCGGAACCCGGCAACACCCCCGCGCCCAGCAACACCCCCGCGCCCGGCAACACCCCCGCGCCCGGCAACACCCCCGCGCCCGGCAACAACCCUGUGACGGGGAAUGGAACAGAUUAUGUGAAAGUGUGCUACACCCAGAGCAGCUCAGGCUCAGGCUCUGGGAGCUUCCUGGAAGGCCUGUUUGGCUGCCUGAGACCUGUGUGGAAUAUCAUCGGAAAAGCUUACUCCACCGACUACAAACUGCAACAGCAAGAUUCCUGGGAAGUUCCAUUUGAGGAGAUCUCGGAGCUGCAGUGGCUGGGCAGUGGGGCACAGGGAGCAGUCUUCCUGGGCAAAUUCCGGGGUGAAGACGUUGCCAUCAAAAAAGUGCGAGAGCAGAAAGAGACGGACAUCAAGCAUCUCCGGCGCUUGAAACAUCCCAACAUCAUUGCCUUCAAGGGAGUAUGUAUGCAGGCUCCAUGCUACUGUAUAAUCAUGGAGUAUUGCGCUCAUGGACAGCUGUACGAGGUACUACGGGCCGGCCGCCAGGUCACCCCCCAGCUCCUGGUGGACUGGUCUUCGGGUAUUGCCAGCGGUAUGAGCUAUCUUCACCUUUACAAGAUCAUCCACCGGGAUCUGAAGUCACCCAAUGUGCUCGUUACCCACGAUGAUACUGUGAAGAUCUCUGAUUUCGGGACCUCAAAGCAGCUGAGUGACAAAAGUACGAAGAUGUCGUUCGCGGGCACGGUGGCCUGGAUGGCUCCCGAGGUCAUUCGCAAUGAGCCUGUGUCUGAGAAGGUGGAUAUCUGGUCAUUCGGGGUUGUGCUGUGGGAGCUGCUGACGGGGGAGGUUCCUUAUAAGGAUGUGGACUCAUCAGCGAUUAUCUGGGGUGUCGGCAGCAACAGCCUGCACCUGCCCCUCCCUUCCACUGCCCCCGACGGCUUCAGCAUCCUCAUGAAGCAGACGUGGCACUCUAAACCUCGAAACCGGCCAUCCUUCCGUCAGAUUCUCCUCCACCUGGACAUUGCCUCCGCUGAUGUGCUGGCCACUCCGCAGGAGACGUACUUCAAAUCCCAGGCUGAUUGGAGGGAGGAGGUGAAGAGGCACUUUGAGAAGAUAAAGAGUGAGGGGACGUGUAUUCAUCGCCUGGAUGAGGAGCUCAUCCGGCGGCGAAGGGACGAGCUGAGACACGCGCUGGACAUCCGAGAGCACUACGAGAGAAAACUGGAGCGAGCCAACAACCUGUACAUGGAGCUGAGCAGUGUCAUGUUACAACUGGAGAUCCGUGAGAGGGAGCUCAUCAGACGGGAACAGGCGGUGGAGAAAAAAUACCCGGGAAUUUAUAAGCGUCACCUGGUUAGACCCAUUGUCCGCACUAACGUAGUCGAGAAAUUGAUCAGAAAGAAAUAUUUGGGUCCCAAGCCGGGCAGCCAGGGCAGGCGGCCCGAUCUCAGGUUGGAUGGUAUUUUACCAAACGUGGAGACAGGUUCAGCUCAGCUCGUGGCGUCCGACAACCUCAAGAUCUCCACUCCCCCUGGGAAGUCCCGCUACCGCAGCAAACCCAGGCAUCGCCGCGGCAACAGCAAAGGCAGCCAUGGGGAUUUCAUAGGCCUAAUGAGAGCAAGCCCAGCCCAAGAGGAACCCUACCACGACAAUCAGGCCCAAGACUACCAGAGCCGAGGCCUGGGCCUAGGGCAGAACUACCAGAGCCUGGGCCUAGGGCAGCACUACCAGGGUCUGGGCCUAGGGCAGGACUACCAGAGCCCAGGCCUGGGCCUAGGGCAGAGCUACGCAAUGCAUGAUGAGGCAGCAGCCUGUGUGCAUAAUCUGAAGUAUUUUGGCCCAGCUGCUGCGCUUCGCAGCCCCCACACUGACUUCCUACAGCCCAAGAUAUCAAGCUGCAGUCCUGACCUCAUCUCCACUACCCUGGAGGCAGCGACCCAGAGGAGCGGGGAGAGUGGGGGCUAUGGGCAUGAGGGUAAAAAGCAGGGCCCCAGGUGCCCUAAUUGCAGGGAGCUGAAGAGCAGAACCAAGAGAACGUCCAGCCGAGAUGCAGCCAGCAACCAGGCCUCUCAGCCUCUCUCCCAAUUACCAGCACAAUCCACCGUGCUUCCCUACCAGAGCCUCAGGCUUCUGAAGAGCAUCAGGCCCUUGGAGCAGAAGGCAGUGGAGAGACCCAAUGCAGGACCUCUCUCCACAACUCAGCACCUCACCCCAGCAACACUACCUCGCAAGCUGAGAACCCUCAGAAAGGAGAAUGGCGAUGAUUCCUCAGAGGAGGAGGAAGGGGAGGUGGACAGCGAAGUCGAUUUUCCCAACAGGCAGAGGCCUCCCCGCUGUAUGAGCAGCUGCCAGUCCUACUCCACGUUCAGCUCGGAAAACUUCUCGGUGUCUGAUGGAGAGGAGAACACCAGUGACCACUCGCACAGUGGCCCCGCGCCCGGCCUAACCCAAAGCCACAAGCAGCAGCUUGAUGAGAAGCUGGAGGAGUUGCUAUUCCAAACACCUGAAUCCACCAUUGAGAUUUCCACCCAGUCUGACGGAUUAUCGGACAAGGAGUGCGCUGUCCGAAGGGUCAAGACUCAGAUAUCCCUGGGCAAACUGUGUGUGGAGGAGCACUGCUACCAGAACUCAAUGCUCUUCGCAGAGUCAGACUGUGAUUCCUCAGAGGCCGAGUGUUCGGAUGCCACUGUAUGUCGAGGGAAGUCAAAUGGGCGUGCCACAUGGUGACCACCAGCUUUGUACAGGAACAAACUGCAAUAACUCACACCUUGCACUCUCUUCCAAGAACAUUCUGUGAUUAUGUUAUUUAGCGUUCACUACAGUUUCUAUCAAGUAUGGCAGGGAUCCAAUCGUUCAACAAUGUAGCUUGUGUCACAAUGAUAUUUUAUUUUUCUUUGACAGUUAAGAUAUACUGUACAAAUGUUGAGGAUAUAUUGAAAGGUGAUGGAGGCAAUCUCAACACAGAGUACACCUUGGGACCAGUGCUAUGGGAUUUGUGUACACACUGGGAAAAUUACUGUAUGAUAUGUGCAACAGUAGAUGACAUGGCAUGAACAUAUUCGGGGGGUUUAUUCCAUAUAUAAAUCUCCAAACCCUUGGAUUAGA